AUGUCCCCAUCAAAGAGAACCAUACUCAUCACAGGCUGCUCCGAUGGCGGUAUGGGAGCAGCACUCGCUGCUGAAUUCCACAGAUCUGGACUCCAUGUCAUCGCGACUGCGCGGAAAAUCUCGUCCAUGUCCAGCCUGGCAUCUCUAGAUGGCAUCGAAAUACUUCCUCUCGACAUCACCUCCAAGGAUUCAAUCCAGAACAUACUCUCAAAAGUCGACAAGCUUGACAUUCUCCUCAACAAUGCCGGCGCAGCAUUCAACAUGCCCAUCUCGGACGUCUCCAUAGACGAAGCGAAAGACCUCUUCGACAUCAACGUGUGGGGCCACUUGGCCAUCACACAAGCCUUCUUACCACUCCUCAGGAAAUCUCCAAAAGCCAUGAUAGUCAACCACACUUCUAUUGGAGCAUCGUUGAUUAUUCCAUUUCAAGCAGUCUACAAUGCCUCCAAAGCAGCAAUGUCAACUUUCACCCAAACACUGCGAAUCGAAUUGCAGCCUUUCGACAUUGCAGUGGUGGAAUUGAAGACCGGAGGAGUGAAGACGAACGUCAUUAAGAAUAACCGGACGAAAGGCGCCUCUUUGCCGGAGAGUUCUAUCUAUGCGCCUGCGAAAGAUGCCGCCGAAGACCUGGCGAGUGGUCAAUGGGCCGAGGAGCAUCUGAAUAUGAAGCCAGAGGAUUGGGCUAGAGCUGUCACAGUGGAGUUGCUUAAAGGAAACCCUCCACCCGUAAUUUCCAAGGGUGAUUCAGUAUGGACGGCGUGGAUCGGGAACUUCAUUCCAUAUGGAUGGCUUGAUGCAACUACGAAGAAGUUGACUGGAUUGGCGAAGGUUGAGGAACUCAUACGCAGGGCUUGA